UCCCAUUUUCCCUAGAUCCUAGAUGAGUUGAAAAUGGAACGGAACUAUUUCAUCCUUCAGACACCAUUAUUUUCGCAUGUUAGCACCCAACCGACAGCGAUAAUAAAACUCGUUAAACCACCCCUCACCGCUCCAUUGAUGAUCAAGGUUAAACCAUAUGUCACAAGCGUGAAGCGCCCCUUCAUAUUUCUUCCAAAAUUUUCUUUCUUGAGCUCCUUCCCCUGAUUUCUUGAACUUACCCACAAAUCUAUCAACGCAAAGCCCGUAAAUGAUCUCUUUGGUUAUGUGAUGCAAUAGCACAGAAUUUUAAUUCAAUUGAACCCAUUUUCCGAUUUUGGUGUUAAUUUAUCCGAAAUCUUGGAUCAUUCGUCAUCUGUAUUCUCUACCAUGCCGUUGUCAUGGGAGAAGAUGAGGAGCACCAGAAUUUCCCGAUUGGUAAAUGAUCAUUUGCACAACUCCCAGAAAAGGCGUGGGGACUCUUCUCUUGUGGUGGAGACUGGGUUCCCGACUUCUCUCGUUGAUCUUUUCAUUAAGAAUCGCGAAAAACUGAAAACCCCAUCCAAGAAAAAGAGAGUUAAGAACUCGUCUCUACCCACUUCUAAUGAUUCUAAUGAUUCGGUGGUGAGUGGAUCCUUGCCCACUUCAUGCCCCUCUUUGCAUUGUACUUCUCCUUUGCCUUUACAUCUGCAGUCGAGGGAUCUAGACGAAAUUGCUAUUGUGGAUGGUGGUGAUGAGAGCGGAAGUGGCGUUAACAGGGGUGUGGAUACUGUUCGGGUUUGUCUGGUGGUUGUGAAGAUCUUUAUGGCCGUUGCUUUGGCGAUGGGUACGGAUAAAUUACCAACGGGGAUAACAAUUUCGGCAUUCUUCUUGUUUCUCCUCGAGUAUGUGGGGAAAUGUGGAUUGCUAAAGCCAUGUUUUGAAGCACAGGAACGGUUAAGAUUGAUGGUACAAAGGUUCUGGAGGAUUUUUGCAGAUAGGAAGAAUGCUAAUGUUUUGAGUUAUGAUGUGUUGCUAGACAAGUCUUUUAAGCCCAGUUGCUCGGGUUUGAAUAAGGAUUGUGGGUCGAAUAGUCCAAUUCGAGAACCUCAAAAUGUGAAACCUAAGCGUUUAUGGAUUGCUAUUGCAGAGGAAAUUCAGUGUGAGAAGGAGAUGACAGAGGAUUCUAGCAAUGAUGGGAGAUUGGGAUGUAUAGAAUUGGAAAUGAAGAAACUGAUCAUGGAAAAGGAAGAGUCUAUAAGUGAAAGGUUGGAAUUGAAGGAGAGGAAGUCACGCAGAGCUAAGAUGAAAUCGAAGAUCAAGAAAUUUGUUACAAAGAAACUACAGAGAAGAAAGGAACGUAGCUCUGAAAGUUAUGAAUUUAGUCCUAUAAGAGAAGAUAAAAUUGUCAUAUGUGAAGAACAAAACACAUAUGAAUGUGAGGACAAAAUGGAAUCUGAUGUUGCUUCCAAAUCGCCGUCCCUCUCAAGCGAAAGGGAUGGACGGAAAGAUUUUUUUGAUGAUAAAUUCGCUUCUGAAACUUUAGCUGGUGAAGAGGCGAAAACAGAAGCUGGACAUGAUUCGAGUUAUUUAGUACUGUGUCUGAUUGUUCUCAUCGGACUUAUUGGAGGUCGGAUAUUUGCGCUUAUGCUUGCCUUAUUGUGGUGCCUGCUAUUGAGAUCCGGCAAAAUGCUACAAAAGCUCAUAAAGCUACCUAUGAUCAGGUCUUUUUCUGAUCAACCUAGCUAGAUUUUUCUGGACAGUUUUUGUUUGUAGAAGAAUCCUUUCAACUUUUUGUUCAUUCUGUUGUUUACUUCUUGUGAAGUGCUAUUUAAACUUUAGAAUCACAGAAUCUUCAUUCAGUCUUUGGUUGGGCUCUCAACUUGAGGUGUUGUUACUAGACCUAUAAACUAAUAUAUAAAAUUCAUGAUUUAUGAUACAAGUCUAAUUUGAGAA